UGCACUAUAGUCAAUUCGACAUGGCCGUCUUCAUGAUUAACAUCUGUAAAUUCAAUGGCUGUGGCAUAACUUUUCCUCGUCUGGCGGACCUAAUCGAGCACAUCGAAGAUGUUCACAUCGAUUAUGAUCCUGCAGUGGUCGAGCAAAAAGAGGCUUCGCAGCCAGCAUGCAUUCCACUUAGCUAUGUUUUAAAAUUUUUCACGGAAGCGUCCAGGCGGGAGAUUCAAAUGCCUCCGGCGGGCGAGGUCCGCAAGCGCCUGUUAUCUGCGCCGAAAACCCCAUCAGUGCGCAGCAGUACACCUACAGGUAGCGAAAUGGAUGACGAGGAAGUAAUGAGCCCAUCUGAAGACAGCAACGAUUCGUGGACGAACGUUGAGGAAUACAGCUCUGAAUUCAUUUUGCAGUAUGGUGUCAAGUGA